AUGAAUGCAAAUUUAAACAAUAUUUAUAAAAAGAGGAAUUAUAAUUAUUCAUUUGACUUGGAAGAUCCAGCAACUUGGCCAUCAGUUAAAGAUAGGAAGUAUCGUUUGUGUAUUAUAAAAAAGGGGGCAAUUCAAAUCAAAAAUUUUAAAUUUCCAAUGAAUGAUGAACAAAGAUCAUUCUCUGAAAAAUAUUAUUACAAGACCAUGUCAAAUGGUGAAAAGGUAGUAAGGCCAUGGCUUAUAUAUUCAACAAAAAUGAAUGCUGUAUUUUGUUUUUCGUGUCGAUUGUUCCCAAAUCCUAAGAACAAAACUAGUUUUACUGAUGGCUUCAAUGACUGGAAACAUUUAUCCGAACGAAUAAAAAGCCACGAUUCUUCAAUUUAUCAUAAAAAGUCUAAUCAAGAAUGGUUAGAAUUAUCAUGGCGUAUAGAUAGCAGUACAACUUUAGAUAGUGAGCUUCAAAAAGAAAUUCAAACUGAAAAAGGCCGUUGGAGAACAGUACUGAAAAGAAUAAUAGCUUGUAUUAUUUAUCUUGCUCAACAAAAUGACGCAUUCAGGGGACAAAAUUGUACCAUUUAUACAGAACAAAAUGGUAAAUUUCUUAAACUUAUUGAAAUGAUAGCAAGUUUUGAUAACCCUAUGGCUGAACACUUGAGAAAAAUAAAGAAUAAAGAAAUCCAUCAACAUUAUUUGGGACCCAUGAUACAAACGGAAUUAAUACACUUGAUUGGGAAUAAAAUAAGAACAGAAAUUGUAAGACGUAUUAAAGAAGCAAAAUAUUACACUAUUAUGCUUGAUGCAACUCCUGAUGCAUCUCACAAGGAACAGUUAACGUUAAUAAUCAGAAUUGUACAGAUAACUAAAACUACUAAUAAUGUUGUGGUUUCGGUGGAUGAAUAUUUUAUAAACUUUUUACAUAUAACUCUUAAAACAGGAUUAGGAUUAUUUGAUGUUUUAAAGCAAGAGUCAUCAAAUUUAGGUAUAUGUUUAUCAAAUUGUCGUGGCCAAGGCUAUGACAAUGGUGCAAAUAUGGUUGGACAUAAACAAGGUGUACAGGCUAGAAUUUUAAAUGAUAAUCCUAGAGCUUUGUUCUUGCCAUGUUGUGCUCAUUCAUUAAACCUCCUAUUAGGAGAUAUGGCAAAUUGCAUACCACGAGCUAUGACCUUUUUUGGAGUGAUACAAAGAUUGUACACUUUAUUUUCUGCUUCUACAGAGCGUUGGGAGAUUUUAAUCAAACAUUUAAAAUGUUUAACUUUGAAACCGUUGGAUGAGACUCGAUGGGAGUGCCGAUUAGAAUCUGUAAAGGCAGUGAAAAUGCAACUCAAAGAAAUAUAUAAUGCUUUGAUAGAAGUAAGUGAAUCUACAAAAAUACCAGCAAUUAAAAGUGAAGCUAUUUCUCUUGCUGAACAUGAAAUGUCUUAUGAGUUUGUACUAAGUUCAGUAAUAUGGUAUAAUUUAUUAAAUAAUAUUAAUAAAGUAAGCAAAACUCUGCAAAAUGAAAAAAUUUCAAUUGAUUUUGCUGUCAACAAUUUGAAAGGCCUGAAACAGUUUUUAAAUAAGUAUCGUGAAAAUGGAUUUAAUGAAGCAAAAGAAGAAGCUAUUUAUAUUUGCAAACAUAUUGAUAUAAAACCAGAGUUUAAAUCUAAAAGAAAAAGUUUAAAGAAACGAAUGUUUAGUUAUGAAAGCUCUCCUAUAUUAUGCUCAACAAAUGAAGAAGAAUGUUUUGUGAAUGAUUUUUUUUUACCAAUUUUAGAUCAAGGAAUUGUAUCUAUAAAUCAAAGAUUCACCCAAUUAGAUCAUUUUAACAAUUAUUUUGGAUUUCUGUUUGAUAUUGGUAAUCUAUCGACUGCUGAUUCAGAUAUAUUGUUAAAAAGUUGCCAUGAUUUACAGAUUAUGUUACAAAUAGGGGAAAACAUGGACAUUAGUGGAGCGGAAUUGUAUGAUGAGCUUUGCCUUCUUUCAGAAAUAAUUGAUAAAGGUACCUCUCCUUUAAGAGUUUUACAAAAAAUCCUUUGCAACAGUGUUGGUGAUGUAUAUCCUAAUGUUGCUAUAGCAUUAAGGAUUAUGCUCACAUUACCAGUUACAACAGCAACAGCUGAGAGAUCAUUUUCAAAAUUAAAGUUGGUAAAAAAUUACCUUAGAACAACACUAAGUCAAGAGAAAACUACAAAUUUAGCAAUAAUAUCUAUAGAACAUGAAAUAGUAGACGGAUUGGACUUGGAUGAUGUUAUCGACACAUUUGCUGAUCUCAAAUCAAGAAAAGUUAAUUUUUAA